GCGGUGUGCAAUGAGCCGGCCCGCUGAGCAUACGUUAGCCACGCACGACCACGGCCACCCGCCAUCGCUUUGGUUCCACCACAGUACAUAAGGGAACAAUGGCAUCGAGGCCCCCCUCACCUACGAAAAUGGAGUCGUCUGCGAUGGGGAUGGGGUACUUUUCUGCACCUUUUGAACGUUUCAUUCGAGAUGAAGCCUCAGACUGGACUGGCGCAUUUACAUUGCUUGACACCAUGGAGACCUACUUCGAUUCCCGUAUAGAUUUGCUCCAGAGGCAAAUCCAGAAACACAGCGAUAGACUCAAGAUGAAGGCAGAGGUCGCGUUGAAGAAACACGCUCAAUCCAGUGAUAUCCUAGCGGAGAACUUCGAUCGCGAGAUUAGGAAUUUUAAGCUGAAGGUUUCCGGGCGGAUGCAGUCCCUUGUUAAUUCCUGGCAGUCUGCAAAGGUCGUCCGGACACGCGAAAAGGUCUCGUUUUUCUUCGGCGUGAUGUCGCUACUGGUAUCAGCUCUGUUAUUUGGUAUGGCACCAGAGUGGGUACACGUAGCAUAUACGAUUCAGGGGCUAUAUCUGCUACCCUUGCGUGCUUAUACCUAUAAGAAGCGGUCGUGGCAUUACUUCCUCUUCGACCUUUGCUAUUACGUGACCAUCCUCAACUUCAUCUAUAUCUGGUUCCUGCCUUCUAGUCCGACACUUUUUGUUGCAUGCUAUUGCCUUUCGCAUGGCGCACUCGCGAGCGCGGUCAUCACUUGGAGAAAUAGUCUUGUCUUCCAUGACUCCGACAAGGUGACGUCGCUUUUCGUGCACAUUUACGCGCCGUUCACGUUCACGGUCAUUCGACAUUUCUACCCAAAUGCGCAAGAACGUUUCCCCGCAUUGACACAGCUCCCACGCCUAAAUCCCGGUCACGCUCUACUCCUCAGUGGCGUUAUUUAUCUUCAUUGGCAAUUGUUGUACUGGAAGUUUGUUCUUGUAGACCGCCGGACUAAAAUCUCGUCUGGUCAACGUACUACAUCGUUUUCUUGGCUUCUCAACAAUAAACGUGGCAAGAUCGGGCAGUUACUGUCUAGGGUUACUCCUGAACGUCGCGCGCCCUACUUCAUGGUUGGCCAGUUUGUAUACUCGAUACUGACCGAAUUACCUGCCAUUUAUCUGCUUUACGACAGUCCUCGCUGGAGCGGAGCUUUUCUUAUUCUAAUCUUUGCCGUUAGCGUCUGGAACGGCGGCGGUUACUACAUUGAGGUCUUUGGUCGGAAGUUCGAGCGUGAAUUGGAGGCGCUGCGCAAGGAACUAGCUGAAAAUAGCAACCGUUCUGGCCGCUCGAGUCCGACUCUUACUGAGAAUGGAUCAGCCGCCAAUUCCCCUGACACUACUACGACAUCGUUACCACUCGCAUCGCUUGACACAUUGGCAGGGGACACCAGCCCAACAAAUGAUAAGGAACUAUAACACCACCCGACGGACGUUAUGUGUGGAUACGACUGGUAGAUCAUGCUUUGUCUUACUUUCGAUGAAUAUUAUCGCGUCCCCGUAGUGCUGACUUAUAUGCAAUUCUCGAUUCAUGUCAAUGGCGAUAUUUUUACUGUUUUUUUUUUGGGCCAAUA